GUUGGCGCGAGAUUCGAACGUCGGCGGAGUCAGUUAUGGCGGUUCUUUGAGGCGGCCGGACUCCCACUCCGUUACCCCGUUGUCUUAGUCUCCUCAGCGGCCAUGAGGCGCAGAGGCCCGGAGGAGGAGGAGGCCUGCGGCGUGUGGCUGGACGCAGCGGCGCUGAAGAGGAGGAAAGCGCAGACACAUUUAAUCAAGUCAAGUACCAAAAUGCUAACACUCUUUCCUGGAGAGAGAAAGGCUAACAUUUCUUUUACUCAAAGAAGUCGUCCACCUGCAGGCACUCGGCAGACCAGCAUUGCUUCCUUCUUCACCCUGCAGCCAGGAAAGACAAAUGGUGGUGACCAGAGGAGUGUUUCAUCUCAUAUAGAACGUCAGACCAACAAAGAGUCUAAGGAAGAUGCAACCCAGCUAGACCAUCUGAUCCAGGGCUUGGGGGAUGAUUGCAUGGCACCCCCUUUAGCCACUUCAACCCCUGCAGACAUCCAGGAAGCUAGACUUUCUCCUCAGUCCUUCCAGGCUUCUUAUCACCAUGGAACAGGAAGCCCAUGCGUGACUGUGCUGUCUUUGUUCCAGCCUGAUACCUUUGUCUGUGCUGGAGAGAGUAAAGCCUCACUGGCCUGUUCCUUCACCCAAGAUCUGGAGAGUUCUUGCUUACUGGACCAAAAGGAGGAAGAGGAUUCUUCCUGGAAAAGGGGAUGGCCUCAUGGAUCUAAGAAAAAGAACUAUCAUCAGAAUGUGGAGAGACACAGUAAAACACCUGGGCACAAGGGCCAUCCGCUCUUGGAUAAGACUAACUUGGAAAAGGUGUCUGCCAAAAGAAACAGGCAGGCCCCCAUCCUGCUUCAAACAUACGAGGAUUCCUGGAGUGGAGCAAACAAAGAAGCAGUGAAACAAAGCCCUUGUCCUAUUCCUGUGUUUUCCUGGGACAGCGAAAAGAAUGACAAGGACUCCUGGAGUCAGCUUUUCACCGAGGAUUCUCAGGGCCAGAGGGUCAUUGCCCACAACUCUAGAGCUCCUUUCCGAGAUGUAACCAAUGACCGGAAUCAGGGCUUAGGACAGCUUCCUAACAGCCCUUGGGCUCAGUGCCAGGAUAGGACCACUCAGUUAAAUCUGCAGCCUGAUUUGCUCUUUACCCAGGACUCUGAAGUCCAAGCUCUAGUUCGGCAAGACUGUUGCAGAAGAUUUCUAAUUGAGAGGCAGAAACAUCUGCAGUGA